UGGGAAGGAGCGACUGUGAGCUGAGCCCUGGGAAGGUGGGGAGGAAGGGAUCCCGCAAGCCCGGCUUGACAGAGAAAUAGCUGGAGGGAGGCUAAAGGAAAGCAGCUCUUCACAUUUGCAUCAAUCAACCAGAUGUAAAACAAACGGGAGGCCUCUUGAGAGCUGAAUGGCUUGAGAAUCAUCCCCCAACCUCUCUGGGCAACUCCUCCAGAUCCCAGGACUGAAAAGACCUCUGGAAACCCAGGAGAUCCGCAGGACCCUUCUGGAUCCCUGUCAGAGAAAAGAUUGGAAAUGGAUGGAAACCAGCCAACCUGGAAGCAAGUGGGAAAAGGGCCUGUUGCCGCUCAGCCUGGGAGUUUUGGGCAGCUUUGGGUAGGACCUGGGCAGAAGAUCCCAGAGAAGGAAGGUCUCAGUUCUGAGAUCCAACACUGGCACUUCAGGAACAUCCCUUUUCAGGAGACUGAGGGGCCACGAGAGCUUUGCAGCCACCUUCACCGCUUUUGCUCGGGAUGGUUGCAGCCGGAGAAGCACACCAAAGCUCAGAUGUUGGACCGGGUGAUCUUGGAACAGUUUCUGGCCAUCCUGCCCAGGGAGAUGCAACACUGGGUGCGGGAAUGCCGAGCAGAGACCACUUGCCAGGCGGUGGCCCUCGCCGAAGGUUUCCUGCUAAGCCAGGCAGAGGAGGAGGGAGUGCACCAGGUUCUGAGGUCCUUCAUGGAGGUAGGGACUAAUUGUCCUGAGGAAAGGGUGAAUCCCACAAUUCCCUCUCAGGAGCCAUGUUGUAGAGGACUCUACAAAGAGGAAGAUCAAUGUCAAGACACCUCAAUAGGGAACAAAAUGGAGUCAUUGUUAUUCAUCCGAUCAUUUCCUUGUACUAGCGGAGCUGAAAGAACAACUGGACCUUCAGUUCAGGAAUUCUUCCUCGUUCAGGGUCCUGCGUCCUUUGAGGAGGUGGCUGUUCAUUUCACCAGUGAAGAGUGGUCGCUGCUGGAUUCCAGGCAGAAAGCCCUGCACCAAGAAGUCAUGUUGGAGGCUUCUAGGAUUGUAACCUCUUUAGCAGUUGAUGCGCAUAAAAAUGAAAAUGACCAAGAGCCAAGUGUGGUGCCAUCGCAAAUAACCAAAACUGAAAUACGAGAAGAGAUAUCUGCAGAUAAGUGGGGAAGAAGGAGAUAUGAGAAAAAAGGAUCUUACAAUUGGAGAGAAAACUCGACUUCUGAAUGCGCGGCAACGGAACGCUUCCGGAUUCAACAUGAUUUCAAAGAAAGCAGUGUGGGAAAGGGUCGAGGAAAUGGGAAGAGAUUCAAACCAAAACCCAAUUUCAGUAACCACGACAAAAUUGGGAAAAACAUCAACUACCAUACCAAAAUUAUCCCACGUAAAAUAAUCCAUGCAAAAGAGAAGCCCUAUAAAUGUAUGGACUGUGGAAAGAACUUCCGGUGGCGAGGUAAUCUUAACUACCAUAAAAAGAUCCAUUUGGGGGAAAAGCCCUUCAAAUGUGCAGAAUGUGGGAAAAGUUUCAAUAUGAGCAGUUCCUUGACUUAUCAUAAAAGGAUCCACAUGGGAGAGAAACCCUAUAAAUGCAUCGACUGUGGUAAAAGCUUCACUAUGAACAGUGCUUUUACUUUUCAUAAAAGAAUCCACAUGGGAGAGAAACCUUACAAAUGCCUGGAAUGUGGGAAAAACUUCAGCACCGGAAGUUAUCUGACCUCCCAUAAAAGGAUCCACACAGGGGAAAAACCCUACAAAUGUGUAGACUGUGGAAAAAGCUUCAGUAUGAAAAGUUCCUUUACUUACCAUAAAAGGAUCCAUAUGGGAGACAAACCGUAUAAAUGCCUGGAAUGUGGGAAAAGCUUCAGUAUGAAUAGUUCUCUUACUUACCACAAAAGGAUCCACACAGGAGAGAAACCCUAUAAAUGUCCAGUGUGUGGAAAGAGCUUCAGUAGCAGCAGUUAUCUAACUUCUCAUAAAAGGAUCCAUACGGGGGAAAAACCCUAUAAAUGCGUAGAAUGUGGGAAAAGCUUCAGUUUGAACAGUUCCCUUGCUUCUCAUAAAAGAAUCCACACAGGAGAGAAACCCUAUACGUGCUCGGAGUGUGGGAAGAGCUUCAGUAGCAGCAGUUCCCUUACCUGCCAUAAAAGGAUCCAUUCAGGGUUGAAACCUUAUAUAUGCAAUGAAUGUGGGAAGAGUUUUAUUUCAAGCAGCUCCCUUACUAAACACAUUACUAUCCACUCGGAGGAGAAAUUAUAUCCCUGUACAGAGUGUGGGAAAAGCUUCCGAUUGAAUAGUCACCUAACUUCCCACAAGAGAAUGCAUACGGGAGAAAAACCUUAUCGAUGCGCGGACUGUGGAAAAAGCUUCAGUACGAAUAGUUCCCUUACUUCUCAUAAAAGGAUCCAUUCAGGGUUGAAACCUUACAUAUGCAAGGAAUGUGGGAAGAGUUUUAUUUCUAGCAGCUCCCUUACAAAUCAUGUUAGUAUCCACGUAGGUGAGAAACUACAUCAGUGUACAGAGUGUGUGAAAAGCUUCAGGUGGAAAAGUCACCUAAUUUCUCAUAAAAGGAUGCAUACAGGUGAGAAACCCUAUAAAUGCACGGACUGUGGAAAAAGCUUCAGUAAGAACAGUUCCCUUACUUGUCAUAAAAGGAUCCAUACGGGAGAGAAGCCCUAUGAAUGCACGGAGUGUGGGAAGAGAUUCAGCAAAAGCCGUUACCUUACUUCCCACAAACGAGUCCACACACGGGAGAAACGGUAGAUAUGCUCUAAAUACGGAAAGAUUUUUUUGUGAAAAACAGAAUCCUUAUGCCUCCUAAUAGGAAUCACAGAAAAUAUAUAUAUAUAUACUGUACAUGCAUGAUGUUGGAAACAAGUUUAUGCAUAUUAUGGAAUGAUCAACUUACUUUCCAUAAAAGGACCCCACAUGGGGGAGAUGCCUUUUGGGAUUGAAGUGUCCUGAAUUCAUGUAAAAGGAUUGACUGUAAUAUCAAACAUAUACAGUAAAGGCAGAGCAUCACUCAAGAAUUGUGAACUGAUGUGUCUUAAAGGGCUUCACACAAGGAAAAUAGCACAUACCGUCAGAAGAGCUUCAAAUGCUUUUGUUUCUGUGUGCGCCUUGCUUUGCCAUUGCUGCCAUCGUAGGGCUGAGAGAAAGCGACAGGCCCAAGAUCACGUAGUGUCUAAUGUGGGACUAGAACUCAUGGUCUCCCAGUUUCCAAACUGGCUUUUUCAAGUGGAAUAGAAACUUUAUUUUUGGAAAAUAAGUUAUUGUAGGUACGCAUGAGAGAAACAUUAGAAUGCAUAAAAUGCAGGAACGGUUUGAGAAAGAAAUGUCAACUUGGGAAAGGAGUCUAUAAAUGCAGGGAGAAUGGGAAGAAGUUAAGUAUGGGCAGGUCCCUUAGUUCCCAUGAGAGGAUCCAUAUAGAAGAACCACAAAUACAUGUGCGGGAGAAGAAUUAUCAAGUUGGAGUCUUGAGAACUUCAGUAUAAAGAGCUCUUAUCUCCCAUAAAAAAGUUUCACAUAAGGAGAGACAAUAUAGAUAUAAAUGCAUGGAACACCAAGAAAGUCAGUCUUUUUAUCUUACAGUAUUUCCCAUAAAAGAAUCGACUUUUAAGGAUCCAGUAAGUAAUGCUCCCACAGAAAGAAGCGAACAGUUCAGAGGAUCGUUAAACGAGAAACUGAAUAAAUGUAUGAAUUACGGAAAGAGCUCCCAAGUUACGUCUUGCUAACGAGAAACUGUUAUUAUAUUGUCCUGUUUAUUAUGCCAAUAUUUGUCAAGACCUCAGCCUGGUAAUUUGCUUUAUUUAAGUAGAAGCAACAUCUUAAGUUGUUUUGGUAUCAGACUGCAGAUUUGUGAAGAGCUGACAUAUGCAAGCAAAGCAGGGGAAAAUAUUUCUAUGAGUAUGUGUAUUUUAGCUCUGAUUGUAUAGAAAAUACCGUCCUUCCAAGUAUUUCAGCUGGUUUUUUUUGUUUUUUUUUACAUAUAUCAUGAUGUGCAUUAAUUGUUUAUCUGUGAAACAUCUCUUCCAGGUGUUUAUAUGUACAUGCCCACUAGGGCCUCUGUGGCUCAGACUGCUAAUGCAGUCUGUUAUUAACAACAGCUGCUUGCAAUUACUGCAGGUUCUAGUCCCACCAGGCCCAAGGUUGACUCAGCCUUCCAUCCUUUAUAAGGUAGGUAAAAUGAGGUCCCAGAUUGUUGGGGGCAAUAAGUUGACUUUGUAUAUAAAUAUACAAAUAGAAUGAAGACUAUUGCUAACAUAGUGUAAGCCGCCCUGAGUCUUCGGAGAAGGGCGGGAUAUAAAUGCAAAAAAAAAAACUUGGUUGAGUAUGUAUCUGGCUGCAAAAUCACAUUAAUCCUGCUGUAAGAAGAAGUGUGGCCACUGAGUUUAGGAUUGCAACUAUUGCCUCUUUACUUUAAAAAUGUUUUUAUGGCUCUCAACAGUGAAUUCAUAUGAACAAUUAUUUUUUAAGGACGGAACUAAAGAGCUUGAUUUAAAUCACUCAGUGUCUUCUAACCGGGACCAUAUUUUCCUAACAUCUUAUCAAAAAAAUAUCAUUCAUCUCAAAGUGUGCGUGAGUGACAGAUAGAAGGUCAAUCCUAUUUGAAAUUUUAGGGGACUGUGGCACUGCCAAUUGGAGAAAUCUUGUGUCGGUGUGAUUGUGACUGUGUUUUUUACCUUAAUAUAGCUUUAAAAAUGUUUCUGCAUGUUCUGAUUAACUAUUUCUCAUUUUGAAGGGUUAUUAUACAAUAAAUUAUGGGAAAGAGUCAUUGCACAGUGUAAAUGAUGCCUCUACAUAAUAUACACGCAAUAAAGAAACUAAAGUGGGAGGGGACAAAUGAAUAUGUGGAAGAAACUUUAGUGAAAGGUGAGGAGUGGAAUAUAAAGUGCUAGAAAGUGACAGAAUGCGCUCUGUUCAAACUCAGUAUCAAAGGAUUCUCACUGCAAAUGAAGAUUGCAUAGAAAUCCAUGGUAUGUAAGAAAAGUAGCAAGGCAGAUUGACCUAUAAGACAGGG